GAAUAUGAUUGGUCGACGCUGAACCCGAAGUUUCCCUAUUGGUCGACAGACCGGUAUAAGCGAUGCUUUCACGGUAACCGGCUUCAGUUGUGUUGUUACUCACUCACUGUACACUUGGAGAAUAGUAUGUAUAAAGUACUUAACAACAAGGAAAUCAAACACGAGUGCUCGCAGUCGAGAGGACUGCACGCUUAUCCUGAUCACUUCAGGGAACCUAAAGAGUUUUAUCUCUAAAAAAACCCACUAUCCCAUUCAUGAACAUCUGAAGUUUCUUGUCCUCUGGUAGGACCACCUUGUAUAUAGUGUACAUAAGAUCGCUUGUCUAAUAAAAUCGGAAUUCAACAUCGGACGAGUCGAAUUGCUACGAAGGAAAAUAAUUGAAGAGACGUCACGCGGGUUUGAAAAAAAAGAAGAAGAAAAAGAAAAAAGAAAAAUAAAAGAAGAAAAUAAAGUGUAAACAAUCGCACAAUAAUCUUUGUCAUCGGCAACAAAGCACGCAAAGUAUCAACAAUUAAUUCGAUCGAUAUAUCACUUUUUUCCUCCCACACAUUUCCCUGCCUACUCUUCGAAAGAUAAAAGGUCAAAGAGAAUAAAAAAAAAAAAAAGAAAAAAAAAGAAAGAAAGAAGAGACAAAAAGGAUAACAUCAUGAAGCAAGGAUCAUCGGAAGAUUUGAAUAUUGGUUUGAAGCUACUGACAGCUGGCACUGCGGCUUGCAUUGCUGAUUUAGCUACGUUUCCUUUGGACACGGCCAAAGUCAGAAUGCAGAUCGCUGGCGAAGGACGAACUAUAUUGCUGGCAUCGACGGAAGGUCCGAUGCUAGCAAUGAGAGCGAGUCAGCCAGGACUUUUGGAGACAAUGGGGAACAUCGUCAGGGUUGAAGGAGCAAGGAGCCUGUACGGAGGUCUGUCCGCGGGACUCCAGAGACAGAUGUGUUUCGCCAGCGUACGGUUGGGCCUCUACGACAGCGUGAAGUCACUCUACGCUGGAAUCAUCGACGGAAAUAACAGGAGCGGUUCGAUGAACAUUGGUGUUCGUGUUAUGGCCGGUAUCACAACCGGUGCUUUGGCAGUGCUCUUUGCUCAACCGACUGACGUCGUUAAGGUUCGUCUUCAAGCCGGUAACAAUGGACGUUCAUCAGUAAGAUACAGCUCAACUCUUCAGGCUUAUAAAAAUAUUGCCAGUGUCGAAGGAACUCGAGGUCUUUGGAAAGGUACCAUGCCAAACAUCUCUCGGAACGUUAUUGUAAACGUUGCUGAGAUCGUUUGCUACGACAUCAUCAAGGACAUGAUCAUUGGCUCUGGUUAUCUUCAAGAUGGUAUCCCUUGUCAUUUAUCAGCUGCCACAGCUGCUGGACUUUGCACCACUCUAGCUGCUAGCCCAGUCGACGUCGUCAAAACUCGCUAUAUGAACAGCUCACCUGGCGAAUACAAGGGUGCAGUUGAAUGUGCAGUCAAAAUGUUCGUUCAAGAAGGGCCCGCUGCUUUUUACAAGGGUUUCGUCCCAAGCUUUACACGAUUGGUAUCAUGGAACAUCAUGCUUUGGGUUACCUACGAGCAAAUCAAGAAACAUGCGAAGAAAAUCUACGGCCACGAAUAAAUAAAUCGUCUUAUCUUGACAAAGACAAGACGAUUUAAUUUAAUCCUUUAAAAUAUCAUAAAAUUAUGAGAUUCAAGUCGAUUGCCAUUGAUGUGGAGAUUGAUAAUGUAGUUUGAAUUAUCGUUGUUUCUCGCACCACUUUCUGUGGUAUAUUCUCCUAUUAGCAUGAGUGUCAUUGUUCUUAUAGAAUUCGGCGUUGCUUCUUGUUCUAUAUCGACUCUCCACUAUCAAUUGACUAUCGUACUUUUUCUCUUGCUAAACUCAUCAUCCUAAUCUCCUUCACUUUAUUCUUAAUAUAAUUUCUUUGUUUAAAUAUAUACCGAUCGUACGUAAUGGAAUAUUUCAUAUGGUCAAAUUCAAAAUUAAUAUCAAUCGAAAACUUAAUUAAGUUUCCUUUCGAAAUUAAUUAUAUAAUUCUUUCUUAUUUCGUUAGAAAAAUUGUUGUAUACUAUUAAAUGCUGAUAAAUACUAAAUUCCGUCAUUUUUUGCUUGCGAAAAUUCGAUCAGAAUUAUCUCUUUUUCGUUUAUUAUAUAUAUAUAUAUGUGUGUGUGUGUAUGGUUAAAUUACUAAAAUUGAAAUGAUUUUCAAUAUAUAUAUUGGGACAUACGUACGAUCGUCGCAAAAUCUGUCGGAUUUUAGACACUAAUAUAUGCAUAGAUUUUGGCUAUUGAUCGGCUUUAGAAAUUUCUAGGAAAAUUCAAGUGCCAGCGAAAAAUAGGUUUUAACGAUAAACGUUACACAUUGUUACGCGCCAUAAAGACAAUAAUAUUCUGUCAUUAUUUUGA